CCAGCAAAGUGUCAUCACUCGCCAGGUCCGCGCGUGAAGCCUCUGCCCAUGCCCUCCACAUCGGUCAUGGCAUUGCGGAGAAAUGGCGGAGGGCGCUCACGUCGCUCGUUCGCUUUCUCUCUUCUUCCCCCCUCCCCGCCAACCUUCAUCUCGUCCCUUGUUUCUCUCCUCUGUCAUGGUGACAUUGUUGAGGGUUGACAUCGAUCGAGUCUACGAGUGAUUUACUCGUACCGCCUCUCGGCACCUCACGCCACAUCUACAACCUCGAACACCAUCCCGUUACCAUGAGUCCUAUACAGGAUCUUACGAAACGAUGGGUCCAAGGAGAAAUAGUCCCUAAACCCACGAACCCCGGCGAAUUAGUUCUUGAAGCAUGGGCAAUGGGCUACCUUGUUGGCAGCCUCAUCAUCAUGGGCUUCAUCACUCUUGCAAAUAUGCGAAGAGGUGUUCUACUGCACAAACUGAUUUUACUUGAACUCGUCAUGGGCCUUUGGCAAGGCUUCUAUCUUUUCUUUGACACACCCGUACACGCAUGGUGGUUAUCUGUAUCGGCCAUUUUCCUGAAUGCAUCUUGGUCACUCCACAACGUCAUUGCCUGGAUGAAGAUUAAGCCCUUUUUGUCAAAACCAGCCAGCUAUGUCUUUAUUGGGACUAUCAUUCUAGUACAGCCUUACUGGAUAGCCGAGAUCUACGCCAACUUCGCAUACUUCCAUGGUGUCAACACCAUCUUUCUCAGGACAAGGCCGUGGGAAGCAUUAUGUCGGGACCCUUGGUGGAUCAUCACCACGAUCUAUUUGUUCUGGAUCAUCAAGACGCAGUACGAGAUGGGAUUGAAGGAAAUUCUUCGCAUAUCACCGCGCUUUGCUAUUAUGCUGCUAGCCAUGGUCAUGUCUGCGAUCUUCAUCCUCUUGGACAUACUCUGCGUCACUGGUGCUAUUCGAUUCAUUGGCCUAGCGACUGGCAUAAACCCUUUCUGGAAGCUCGCAUUCGUCUUUAAGUGUCUAACAGACUCGGUCGUACUGGACGACUUCAAGAUGGCGCUGGAUCGCCUACGGGCUUUCAAAAUCAGUCGACUUGGUAGUUUUUCGGGCGACAUGAGUGACAGCCGCAACAGAAACAACGGGGAGUUGGUAGCUACUUGGGAAGAGAUGGAACGAGAAGCAAACACUCUCCAGCAGGUUCAAAGUCCAGACGGCGACUACAUUCAUCCCAGCAACUUCCCGUUCAGGGGCAGGAGACAUCGCAAGCCAAAAGAUUCCGUAUUCUCCAACGAUCCCAUCGAUCCAAACGCAGGCAUAGCACCAGAUGACAUUUCACCUAGUGCAUUGGAUGACACACCAAUGCGGACACUAGAACACGCACACACCGACAACAGAAAACCGCAACAUCAUUUCAUGGAUGACAUGGACCGCAGGGUGCGUGGUAUGACCGCAGAAGCAGAUUACGCCGCAGCAUUACGCGAAGUCCAACGCAACAGCAGGACUUCUGUGCCGUCUAGCAGCAGCUCAUCUGGACGAGUCGCUCCAGUGUUGCCAAAACAAAGCUGAGUGCACUCUCAUGGUUGACGAUUUAGCGAUUGCAUGAAUGGCGUUUUGUACAAAUUAUCGAACUUCGGUUCGCUCGAGCUUUAUAUACCCCUACGGC